AUGUGGAGAAAAGCCAUAAUAGGCUAUUGGCCGCAUCGAUUGUAUUCGGCGCAAGGAGCGUCGCAAGUUUACUUCGGCGGGUAUGCAGGCGGGCUAGAUGGAGCUGUUAGCCCGCAGAUGGGGGCAGGGAAUUUUCCAAGAUCAGUGGGGUUUCGAGGAGGGGCUUCAUGUUUCAUGAAACAACUUAAGUAUUUCGUAGAUGGACAAGGACUUGUCGAUGUUGCUUCAAAUGACUUUGAGGAAUAUGUGAGUAGUCCAAAGUGUUAUGAUGUGUGGUUUCGCAAGUUCGAGUUAGGCAGUGGAGAGAUGCUCACGUUCGGUGGUCCUGGUGGAGAAUGUGGUAUCUAA